CCCGCAUCUAUAUAAGAAAACGUUUGAUUCUGAGUUAAAACUUUGUCUAGUCUUGAACAUGAUGGUGAGAUUUUGGAGCUUUAUCUAUUCUAUUGUUUUUUUUAACUUAAGCCUUCGUGCAGUCAAUGAUUGCUGCAGCAGCAAUAAAUGAGUUAGCUAUACCUGUGACUUCAAAAGUAAGGAAACAUCAGGAGAUCUGCACAUGAAGUGAAGCUCAGCAGAAAGUGGGUCAUGUCAUUAGUCACCACCAUGAUACCACAGUACGUCUCUACCAGCUUGCAGAGAAGACAGAAGUGUCUUCUCUGCAGGGCCUGGUUUCAUAUACUUGCUUUGCUGGUGAUCUGAGCCUUUGAUGAUAAUAGAUUACACGACAUUGGCAACAAAGACGGCAGAAAGAUUGAAUAAAGACAUGAAGAGGACACUCAUAUUUCUUUUCCUGGGUGGUAAGUACAACAUUCUGUUUAUCUGUGUGAAUUUUCAAGGGCCUUAUUGAAGUAAUGUGAACAUGUUGCCAUGUGUUCUAGGUGCUUUUAGCAGCUCCUGGGUGGUGGAAUAUCCACAGAAAGAGACUUGUGCUCCAAAAGGAUCGUCUGUGAUCCUCCAGUGUUCAUACAAUUAUUCUGAUUCAGAGAUCGUAGAAAGUGUAAAAUGGGGUCACAAAGAAAAUUUUUUUCACGGCCCUUUCGUUUAUGACAGUGAAUCAAACAAGACCUCGUCACGCUUUACAUACAGUGGCGACAAAAAGCAUAACUGUUCAUUGACAAUAGACAAGGUGGAGCUGGGCGACGCAGGAAAAUAUGCCUUUAGAUUCAUCACAAACUCUGACAAAUUUACUGGUGAGGAUGGCAUAAUGCUCAAGAUUGGCGAUUUGAAUAUUGCUUUUAAUAAGGCAAAAGGGAAUGAGGUCAUCAAAGGAGGCGAUUCGGCGAGUCUUACCUGCACCAGUAGCUGUGAUGGUGGAGAACCAUCACAGUUUAUGUGGUUAAAGGAUGGAAAAGUUAUAAAGAAAGGACCUGUGCUAAAUCUAACAGACAUGUCCUUCAAACACUCUGGAGAUUACUGCUGUACGUAUAACGGUGCAACUUCAGGAGUCACAACGAUUAAUGUUGAAUUUGGACCUAAGAACACCACCGUGAAGGUUUUUCCGUCAGAAGACGUAGAUGCUGGGACCAAUGUCACGCUGAUCUGCAGCAGCCAUGCUAACCCUCUGGUGAUGAAUUAUACUUGGUUUAAAAAGCACGGGACAAACGUAACGGUUCUCGGGGAACACCACAUAUAUUAUUUUGAGAAAUCUUCUCAAAUGGACGAUGACCAGUACUUUUGCCGAGCCACCAACAAGCAUGGCAGCUGCAACUCCUCUGCUGUCACCAUCAAAAUUAAAGUCCACCCGGGAUUAUUUAGCACUAAACUCAUCGUCAUAUUGACUUGUGCUGUGAUUCUCGUGUUCCUUGUUGUGAUCGCAGUUGCAGCCAAGAACAGAUUUAGCAAAAACAGGACCACGUCGACGGAAACUGACUGUGAGGAAGAGACGCAGGAUAGUGUCUAUGUCAACUUGCCUGCGAGCCGGUCACAAGAAGAGAUUCCAACUGAGUCAAAUUUUGUUUAUACGCCGGUUCAAGUCAACAGGAGAUCUGACAUGGUGCAGCAGACGAACGACUAUGACGAAAGCGACUCAGUGAUUUACAGCGUAGUGUGCAGACCCCAGCCGCUAAAGCUUUCCUAUGUUGAGCCUUUGAGACAUCAAACAACCUCAUUUUGAGUGAUGGUGUUGCAUCCAAAAAAUCUAUUUUUGAGUAAACAAAAGGACUUUCGUUCUUAAAUGUGUAAAAAUGUAGAUAUGUUGGUAGUUUCUAUAGAUUUAUGGAAAUAAAUCAUUGUUAUUUGUUCCCACUUUUGGUUCAGCGCAAAAAAAGAAGUUUCUUCUUCUUUGUCUCAUAACACAUAAAAGUUUGAUUUCCAGUAAAACUGUAAAAUAUACAUUUGAAGAACAGUUGCAUUAAGUUAACAGUUGCUCUCACUGUGGUUGGACCCAGGGUUCGUACCACGCUGGGCCACUCCUCUUUUUUUCUGCCCCCUAUGACAGGAAUGAGUUGCAGAAAACCUUAGUUACAUGCCCUGGUCUCCUUAGCUGCCUUUAAGACAUCUUUAAUGGAUGUGGUUUGUGAUGAAUGCAGAUGUUUUUACUUGUUUUAAUUGGUCUCCCUCUAUCUUUUAAUUAGAAACAUUAACUUAGUGCCUUCUGUAGACUUUUUAUUUUAAAUAUGGACGGGGGAAUAUGUCCUGUUUAUUUGUUUGCAACUUUGUCAUUGUGUUGGAUUGUGGCUGCAAACUCAGGUCGUCGUUGUAAACGAGAAAAUGUUUUUAAUCGACCUAACUAAAUAAAUAAAGGUUUUAACUAGCUAACUAGCUAUCAAGUCAAUAAUAUUAACAGAGAUGCCCAUCAUAGCCACAAAUCAUAUUAUGUUUCUUUUAUUAUUGACAAAUCCAACA